AUACAGUUCGGUUUGUGGAUACAGUGAUGUUGUUUAAUUGGUGAUUCCUGAAGAUGCGACUAUAUGCAUUCCAAUGAGAACACAUGAAUCCCUGCUUUUUUAUAUUUUCUAAACUGGCCGUCCAAAAUAAUGACACCACAAAAUGGAAAGGAUCCUGCCUUAAACCCAAUUGUCUCGCAGCCUCAACCAGUACCCAUCCAUGCUGACAUUAAUAGUUUGACUGUUCCAUUCCACAUACGGUGCCUCCGGGAUGAUGCAGAAGAUGCUGCAUUUGCAGGAAAGCUGACAGUGAAUGCUUUCAGAAGUAAAUAUGUCCAUGCAACAAGUGAAGGAAGCAUACCUGAUGUCAUCAGAACAAUUUCAAUGGAACAGCGUGGACAGGAUCCUAUCUACUACCAGAGGAACUUUGUUGCUGAGUAUGAUGGCAAACCUGUUGGUAUAAUCUACCUCAUUUUCCGUGGAGACCCUUUACCAAGGGAAAACACAGACGCCUUGGACACCUUUGGGUGUUGUGAUGUUUGCGGCCUUAAAUGUUUGAAUUAUGGACUCCGUACAGUGGACAACAUUGGGGACCAUGAGUGUUACUUGGAUAUGGUGGCAGUUGAGGAGGAAUUCCGAGGAAAGGGUAUUGGGAAAGCCCUACUGGACAGAGCUGAACAUGAGGCUCGCAUCCAUGGCUGUCGGACAAUUUCCCUGCUGGUUGGUGUCAACAAUUGGGCAAUACAUUUAUACGAAAGACAGGGAUACACUGUGUCCAGUAGAUCCUGGAAGUGUGGCUGGCUUUGGUGUACAGUGGGUAUAUGUUGUUUCCAGCAUAUGGAAAAACGACUGGACUAAUUCUCUGGCAGGGAGGAGGAUAUUAAAGAUAUUAAUGCAAUUCAACUUCUUAGGGCAAUUGACGGUUAUUUUUGAGACACUUUUGUGUUAUUCAUAUGUACAUGUAUUCAUCAACAAAAUUGUUAUUUUUUCUUUCUUUGAUUUAUUUGUUGAGUGUUAAUAGAUUUUCAGAAGACAAAUUCACAGUGGUUUAGUUACAAGAACCCUAUAUAAAUGUACUUCGUUACAUACAAUGUGUUAGGGUUGGAGACAAACAUUUUCAAUCAAUCAAAUAUUCCUCCAAAUGGUUCGGUCUGGUAUAAUUAAUAAUUUAUUAACACUUAAACAACAUAAAUGCAGAUAUGGUUAUUUUAUUUCUUUGUUAUUCUCACUAAAGAUCAAUACAUAUGCCCUUCUAAUUAGAAAAUCUACAGAAAUAGAACUACGCAAAUCUUCCUGAUUUAUGGCAGUUGGUUGAUAAGUGUUGAACUUUUAGUUUAUCAGUUAACUUAUUCAAAAUAUAUUCAGUGACUUUUUUUUUCUAGCAUAACCCUAACCAGAACUUUCUGGUUAGGGUUAUGCUAGAAAAAAAAAAAUUACUUGACCCCAGGAUGUAAAGCAAUUC